CAUAAUCUUGCUCGAUGACCUGAACACUCAUUUUACCCACAAAGCACCGCGGUUCCUCUUAGUCGUAAAUAUGGCGUCCAGGGCACCAGUGGCAGGUGGCAGGCUCAUGUAUGGGGUCCGCAAAUGGUAUUACAACAUGUGCGGCUUCAACAAGCUCGGUUUAAUGCGUGAUGACACAAUCUAUGAGGAUACAGAUGUGCAAGAGGCCUUGAAAAGGCUCCCAGAGAACAUUUACCACGAGAGGAACUUCAGGAUUAAAAGGGCCCUCGAUCUCACCAUGAAGCAAGCAAUUCUCCCUAAAGACCAGUGGACGAAGUUUGAAGAGGAUAUCCACUACCUUUCACCUUAUCUGGAUGAGGUGAUUCGUGAGAGGAAAGAAAAGGAAGAGUGGACAAAGAAGUAGACGGUUCCUGGUCCACAGCUGUUAAUCUUGUCUUCGGUCGGUGCAUGGUCGUUCCUGAUGUAAUACUUAAAUUAAAUGUUAACUAUAUCAGACAGUGCUAAUUAAAGAAAUGUACAUUUUGAAA